ACGUGUUUUGUCAAACCAAACAUAAAAUAUAUUUUAUUUUGUCCUCUUUGACGAUCAACGAUCGAGCUGAUCCACCAUGGUGAUAUUUUACAUCCAGCCUCUGCUUCUUCUCAUUGCAGUACUCUUCUUCUUACCUGCUUUGCAUGCCAGCACGGUCGAUUUCAAAUACUGCAACGGUAUUGGAUACCCUUCUAUGAACAUCACUCGUGUGACGAUAACUCCCGGCAGUUUCGCAGACGCUAGGAUAUUUGGUUUUACAGAGAAAACCUUGGAUGCAGGAUUAAUAACCGCUGCCGUUAAAGAUGGCGAUGCACAUUUCCCUAUAGGCUACUACGACCUCUGUGCAUGUAGUGAUUGUCCUAUUCUAGCAAAUACCAACUUCUCUUUAUUUCUUUUUCAAAUUAUAGUUUACAGAGACGAAUAUGAACGGGAUGAAAAGAUUUAUGUAGCAUGGACAAAAUCUAUGACGGACGCAACAGAAUUAAUGUGCGUCUACUUCGAACUCCCCCGACCCUACUUCAGCUGUCUCUGCUUAAUCAAAUUGACGUGUGAAAAUAUGUUUCCAAGUCUUUAUCUAUACUUGUACUCUCUCUUGCUACCUUUAGUGAUAUGUUGUCAAGCAAAUAAAACAAAACACUAUAAAGUUUUCUCGCAACUGGUAAAUAAGUCUAUGACGGAAUAAACAGAAUUAAUGUGCGUCUACUGCGAUCUCCCUGCCUCUACUUCAGCUGUCUCUGCUUAAUCAAAUUGGCGUGUGAAAAAUAUGUUUCCAAGUCUAUUAUC